AUUUCACAGUAUUAAAAAGCGUAGCACACAGCGUAGACCUGACUAUCAAUAGCACUUUUGCCAGUGUUACCUUUAAGCAAGUGUGUGAGAUCUCUAGCGGAAGUUUCUAUUUUACACUUGUUGAGUCUCAGCUGUUGAAGAAAACGCUGUUUGCUUAGUCCAAAUGGAUGUGAUUUUGAACUACAGACUAGAGGACAUGGAAGAUUAUUACAGUUUGCUAGGAUGUAGUGAACUAUCAACGGUUGAACAAAUUCAGGCUGAGUUUAAGGCUAAAGCCCUGGAAUGUCAUCCUGACAAACAUCCUGGAAACUCUAAAGCUGUGGAGAAUUUUCAGAAGUUGCAGCAGGCAAAGGAGAUUCUGACUAAUGAAGAGAGUCGAGCUCGUUAUGAUUACUGGCGACAAAGCAAAAUUGCUAUUCCAUUCCAGCGGUGGGAAGCUCUGAGUGACUCCAUAAAAACGUCUAUGCACUGGGCUGUUACAAAUAAGAAAGAUCAAAUGCUGGAAGCACCAAAUCUGGCUAAAGGCAACAGCACAACUAAUGAGAUUUGGGCCCAACAGCCGGAAAACAAUAAGGAGGGAUUUUUGGGUGACAGAAGGGAGCAAGAAGAUUCUGAGACUUCUGACAUGAAUCCACAAUCACCAAAGAAUCCAGACUCUCCAAGAUUUUCAGAGGCAAAUUACUGGCACUUGCGUUUCCGCUGGUCAGGUGAUGCCCCUUCAGACCUUCUGAGGAAGUUCAGAAACUAUGAAAUAUGAAAUGUGUUAAAGAUAUGGAAGAACACGGAAUCAUCUAUUUGACAGUUCAGUACCAUUUUGUCCAAAUGGUUGUUGGUGUCUUGUGUCCUUUCACUGUUAUCUGAAUGUUAUUCUGUUAGAUUUAUGAUACUGAUCUCUUGUCACACUUUGUAAAAGCCUUUUGAUGGAAGCACCUUUUUCAAAUGGGCAUGCGCUGUCCUUUCUAGUAUUAGCAUUAGUAAUGUUUGUGCUGAAACUGGUCUACUGUUAUAGUCUCUUCCCUGUGUUAUUGUAGUACAUAAUGACUGUGUCUGCAUGAACCAUGAUGUGAUGCUACUGCACAGUAGUAAUGAGCUACUG